AAAAGUAGAGGUUUCCAAGAGAGAGGACAUAAUAUUUAACACAGACAUAGCAUUUAACAGAUUUAACUAAACAAUGUGUAGACUCUAGGAUGCGAGUAUGAAAGAACCACAUAAUAAUAAUAAUGACUUGAAUGCUUUCACAUGUUACAUUUCGGUAUCGGGGAAAACACUAACAAAAAUAUGAAAAAAUCAUAGUGCAAUAAUGCUUAAAAUUUUUAAAAAUUAGAACUGAAAUGAGCACUCUGGUAGUUCCAGACAAUAGGGGAGGUGCUCAAAAAACACUUCUUAAAUUCAGAUUAUUUCUGGGGUAACCGGGCAAGCAGCUAAACAGCACAACUCGCCACUCCCAGUGGGAUGGGGGACAGGAUUGGGAAAAAUGUAAACCUCAAUGGCUGAGAUAAAGGCAGUUUAAUAGAACAGAAAGGGAAAAUAAUAAUAAUAGUAUUAUUUAUAAUAAUAUAUAAACCAAGUGAUGGACAGUGCAGUUGCUCACCACCCAUUAGGUGAUACCCAGCCUGUUCCUGAGUAUUGGUUCCUCCAGCCACCUUCCCCAGAGUAUAUACUGAGCAUAUAUACCAUCAGAUGGUAUGGUGUGGAUGGGUUUCUGUUAGAUGGAGAUUUGUUAUUGAACUAGCCAGGCCCAAAGGAAUUUCAAGGCCAACUUAGAAAGCUGAAAACAGGACCUGCCGUGGGAGAGAGACAUUUCUACAGUAACAAGGCCUCAACAUGACGUAAAUCAACGGACCUAUCAGCAGUGAGGCUCCAGCGCGUGGACAGCUCGUGAGCAUAGAUGAUAUCCAAUUAGUGAAUGCGUGAUUGGAGCGUGGAUGCGUGAUCAAAGAAUAGUUGCAUAUAUAAGGAGGCUUAUUUCUGUAAUAGAUGGCUCUAACAUGAUUCACAUUGAAUCGGAGUGCAGGGUCCUUUAUUUGCUCCAACAGUAUGGAAUAUCCCUUUGGCCAGUUUGGGUCAGCUGUCCCAGAUUCUUGGGCACCUGGUGUGACAUGAGAAGCUGAGGAGUCCGUGACUGCUUAACAACUAAAACAUCAGUGUGUUAUCAGGAUUGUUCUCAUCCUAAAUCCAAAACACAGCACUACACCUUUAGGAAGAACCUUAACUCUUUCCCAGCUGAAACUAGGACAACUUCUUAGCAGCUCUUCAGGAAAUAAAGCUAUUGUGGGAUAAGAAGGAAGAUCUCGUAGCUGAAGAACUGGUUGAAAAGAUCAGAAGACACAUCUGUACAAAUUGAAUAUUGCACAGAGUUCUGAUCUGCCGUGCCAUGAAAGAUAUAGAGGGACUGAAAAAACACUCAGGAAAAAGCACCAGGAAAAAUCCCAGGUACUUUGAUGGAAUUAGGUAUCUCACCCAUUGUGACGUCUGGUUUGAUCAUGCAGCUGCUGGCUGGGGCGAAGAUCAUUGAAGUCGGUGAUACCCCAAAAGACAGAGCCUUGUUCAACGGAGCUCAGAAAUUAUUUGGGAUGAUUAUUACCAUUGGGCAAGCCAUUGUGUAUGUUAUGACUGGAAUGUAUGGAGAUCCUGCUGAAAUGGGUGCUGGAAUUUGUCUUCUUAUUAUAAUUCAGCUGUUUGUUGCUGGUUUGAUUGUGUUGCUGUUAGAUGAGUUGCUACAGAAAGGUUAUGGUUUGGGGUCUGGUAUUUCCCUCUUUAUUGCCACCAAUAUCUGUGAAACCAUUGUCUGGAAGGCUUUUAGUCCCACUACCAUCAACACUGGCAGAGGAACAGAGUUUGAAGGUGCCGUGAUCGCAUUAUUUCAUCUUCUGGCCACACGAACCGACAAAGUCCGGGCUUUGCGGGAAGCUUUUUACCGACAGAAUUUGCCCAAUCUCAUGAACCUGAUUGCUACAGUAUUUGUAUUUGCUGUAGUCAUAUAUUUUCAGGGGUUUCGUGUUGAUUUACCAAUCAAGUCUGCCCGAUACCGGGGACAGUACAGUAGUUAUCCUAUCAAGCUCUUUUAUACCUCCAACAUUCCCAUCAUCCUGCAGUCGGCCUUAGUUUCCAACCUCUACGUCAUUUCCCAGAUGUUGUCUGUUCGUUUUAGUGGCAACUUCUUGGUGAACUUACUAGGACAGUGGGCAGAUGUCAGUGGCGGUGGCCCUGCUCGCUCAUAUCCAGUUGGUGGCCUGUGCUACUACUUGUCCCCUCCAGAAUCCAUGGGUGCAAUAUUUGACGAUCCUGUCCAUGUAAUAGUUUAUAUAAUAUUUAUGUUGGGAUCCUGUGCGUUCUUCUCGAAGACUUGGAUUGAAGUGUCUGGCUCAUCAGCCAAAGAUGUUGCCAAGCAACUCAAAGAACAGCAAAUGGUGAUGAGAGGCCACAGAGAUACGUCAAUGGUUCACGAGCUCAACAGGUAUAUCCCUACAGCAGCUGCGUUUGGUGGUUUGUGCAUUGGGGCCCUUUCAGUAUUGGCCGACUUUCUCGGAGCCAUUGGGUCUGGCACUGGCAUUCUGCUUGCGGUCACUAUUAUUUAUCAGUAUUUUGAAAUAUUUGUAAAAGAACAGGCUGAAGUCGGAGGAGUAGGUGCAUUAUUUUUCUAGAUGUCCCAACAGUUCAUGGUUUGUGUGAAAGGGAAAGUAUGUUGACAAUAAGCAUCAUUUAGUCCAAUAAUGCUAUGAUCUUUUUACUUGUUUUAAAGUGCUCCAUGUCCCAUUACUGUGACGGGCAUUGAGCAGUGCCCGUGUGCAGCGUUAGUACCAGCUGCCUUAAGGAUAAAGUUUACAUUAUCUCGUUUAAGUAUUAUCUAGUGCUGCCUGUAAUGCUGGAAACCAAUUCAUCCACCUUGCUGUUCCAACACUACAGUGAGAUGGUAAAAAUGUAUCAGUUCGAUAUCAGUCAACAUUUUUGCACACAGCAUUAAAAUGUUAAAUUAAUUUCCCUGUCCUUAAUACGAGUUCAGAUUGCCGUGUGCCAGUAUUCUUGACAAAUUUGUAGCCUGUAUUUAAUUUUUUUAUACUUUUUUUAACUUGCAUUUCCCCAUCAUUGAACUCAGCGCUCCUUAUUCCUCCGUGGUGUCUCCACCCAGGCACCUUUCUCUGAGCUCUAAGGGUGGACACGUAAAACAUUUCACCAGACUGAUACUCCUCUCACCCGUAACUGGUUCUGUGGUGGAUUUGCUGCAUCGCAGGGUCGGGGGCGUUUCUGUUUCUAUUUUCGCUGCUGUCACGCCAGCAACGCAGCCUCGUAGUUUUAUUUAAACCGUGUCCUCGUGAAAACUGCGUCUACUUUGCUUUUGUGAGUCUGAAGAACAAGGCCUGGUUCCUAAAGCUGCGUUCAUGGAAGGGAAAGGGGGGGCGGAACGAGAUGUUCCUGCUGAGAAUUUAUUUAUGUUGUCGCACUUUACAGCGGCAACGUAACAACUGUAAAUGUUAGACAAUAAACUUAUUUCAUUAAGCUC